AUGAUUGAAUUUAAAGUGUGUUAUUCACCUUGUCCAUCCUUCCCCCAGAGUGUGUGGAGAUUGGGUGCAAGAAACUCGAAUGGCAAUGAAAUUGGCUCGAAAAAGCUGGAGUGUUGUGGAAAUGGAUAAACUGAUCAGGAAAAUAAUUUUGUGGUUGUUGAUAAGAUGUUUCUGGGGAAGGAAAUAAAUUUUAUUGGAGUUUUUUGUGCAAAAUUGCUUUUCCUCAUCUUUUUUUUAUCGAGUAUUGGGUGGCUGUUAGCAGCAAUUCAUGGCCAAAAGACUCCUCGUGGAAUGAAUUUCCUCAAUCCGGUCUUUGUGUUUAUGGACACAAAUCUCUAGCUUGCGGGAGGGAGAUAUUUAUACACCAACAAAAAAAACUCAUCAAACAAUGCUACUGAAGCAGAAAACACGAAGAAAUGAAUUUGCAUAUUUUGCAUGAAUUUGAGGGAAAAAUGCGCAAAGAGUUUAAAACUCCGCGAAUGAAAGAGAGAGAAUGAAUUGAAAUUACGCGAUUGAAAUAAUGUUUGCAUAUAGUGUCAUGAUUUAUUUUCACGCUCAUAUUUUUUCCUAUUGGCAACACUUCUUGCACACUCCCAUCGUGCGGUUUGGUUGUGAAUGAGCGUCAUGAUUUUGCUGUGAGGGUUAAGAAAAAGAGCUCAACAAUUGCUCGGACAACAUUGUCCAAAGACUUGCAUUUUUGUACAUAAUAUACUUCAUGUAUUUCUGUACAAUGUAUAUGCGAAAAGCCCCUUCGCGAGAGAGCUUCAUGGCUCAUGGGUGUGAUAAAGAAGUCACCUAAGGAAGGUGCGAUAGAGUAGAAGAAUGUCGAAGAAGUUGUGGAUGAAGAGAAAUAAUAUAUAAUUUUUGUUGUUGCUGUAAAAUGCAUUUCAUUUCCAAGACACUCUCAUGCAUUAAGAGUAUUUGAGUUUUCAAAUACAAGAAAAGAGAGGAAAAUACCGGGGUUCGCACCCAUAUAGUCUCUCAUUUACAAUAUUAAUAAUUUUUCUUUACAAUUAUUUCAACCAUUUCAACAAUAUAAUUCAAAUUGCAUUGAAGGUGUUGUUUUGUGAAUGUUCUUCACGCAUUAAUUAAUAUUCUUAGCAUAGCGUAUCUUCUUUCUGUUUACGCGCCCCAGCUGAAGGCUUACCCUGAGUGGGUGCCGAAUCUCGAGGGUUCUCUUCAAUAAGUUAUUCUGCGGAGAGAAUUAUUGUAAAAAUAUUCAUUUCUCUUGAUCAUGAACCAAACAAGAAGUUCCGCAAGACGUCAAUAAAUUACAUAAAAAGUAAAUUAAUGUUUUUAAAUCAUUUCAAUUCUUUACAAUGCAAUUUUUUCACAAUCGGCCCAGCCGUUUUGUACAGGUUUACUUGCCAAAGAUAAUAAAAUCAAAUCAUGUGAUCUGGUUUGAAAUAUUUUUAAACAAUCAAAAUUUCUUUUUCAAUUACCUAAUCUUUAAUCAAAGGGUGAAUUAUCUGGCGAAUAUUUGGAAUAUUUUAGCGAAUCAUCCGAAUCUUGACGAAUAAUCAGACUGCUAACAAAUAAUCUGAAUCUUAACUAAGAUUUUGAAUCUUAAAUAAACGUCCGGCCCUGAAAAACAUAAAAAGAAGAAGAAUCUUGAGUAAAAAUCAAAAUUUUGACAAAUGAUCUAAAACUUAUUGACGAAUAAUUCGAACAUUCUUAACAAAUAAACCGAAUCUUGACGAAUAGUUUGAAUAUUUUUAAAAUAUAAUCCGAAUUUUGACGAAAUAUGCGAAUCUUGACGAAUAAUUCUAAUCUCGACAAAUUAUCCGAAUCUUAACGAAUAAUGCUAAUCUCGACAAAUUAUCCGAAUCUUAACGAAUAGUUCAAAUCUUGACGAAUACUUCGAGUCUUCCUAAAAAAUUGUCCGAAACUUUCCCGAAAACACUUGUAUGUAUGAGGGAAUAAUAAAAUUAUUAUUAUUGUCCGAAACUUCUUGACGAAUAAUCCUAAUCUUAACAAAUAAACCGAAUCUUGACGAAUAAUUCAAGGAUUUUAGGUCAGAUAAACACCCCUUUGUCUUUAAUAGACUUUUCGAUUUUCAUAGAACCUUCUUCAGGUCUCACAAAUAUGUGGAUUAAGUUUAUCCCUUAAAAGUGAUGAUCGAGUUGAUUUUAAAUGCUAUGAAGUCAAGUUUUUCCCACGAAGAACCUGAUUUAUUCUUUAAAAAAAAAUGUAUUUUAAUGCUAUAUAUAAAGUGAGAUCUUGUUGUGAUUCUUUGACCUUUUCACACAAAGCUCAAAAGCUCAUCGUGAGUUGGCAUUAUAUGUGUGUGUCCACAACCAUAUGCAUGCAGCAACAGCAUAUUGGUAUAUACCCAAGGUGCGAACUCGCGACUGCUACAAGUGCCGAUGGAAUGACUGUUGUUGAAAUAAUAUUGUGUCUCAAUAGGAGUGUGUCCAAUAAUAUAAAAUAAAAGCUUAAAUUGUGGGGUAUACACAUGCUUUUAUGUUGUAUACAUGUGGUGGUUGCAUAUAGUUGUAUGCUUGUCUCUUUAAACAGGUUUCUUCUUUCAACUCCCCAACUGAACUUAUCGUUUGAAUUGUGCUAAGAAAUUCAGUUGUCUCUUUGAAUCUGUCGUGCGAUGGUCGAUCUGUGGUUGAUGCAAAAUUUAAUGAAGAAGAAGUGGUAAAAGAGUGUGAAGACCAAGAAGGAGGCACAAAAAAUAAGACGAAAGAUAAAAAAAAAGUGAAGGAAUUUUUGUGUGCGAAUAUUUAGCAAUAUAAUCUAUAUAAUUGUGUGGAAUUGUUGCGUACCUACUUACAUUUUUUUUUUUCAUAAAGAAAGUACAACGUGGAUUUUAGUGUAAUAAAUUGUGUGCUUAAAGGGAAAUAUAAAUUCCACUUGUGCUCAAAAGGAACAUUUUUUUUUGCACAAAACGGAGGAUUUUUAUUUAUUAACUAUUUAUUUUUAUAAUUUAUUUAUUCGUCUCUCGUGCAUUGUUGGCAUUUUCUCUGUGACAGAUCUUAAUUUUUUUUUAACAAUAUCACAGAGAUUAUUUGUGAAUGGAACAAAGUGGAUUAUAUUGAGGGAUGUUGGUGAAUGAAAAAAAAAAUUGAGGCAAAAUAAAUUGGUCCAAAUGGGUGGAUGAAAGUUGACCCAAUUGCGUGAACCCGGAACUUAAUUUGCAAACAGUGUGUCUCUCUGCGUACGCUCGCAGCUCUUGUUGGAGAUACAUUUAUAAGAGAGUAGAAGAAAAUAGGCAUUACAUAAGUGUUGCACAAAUUCAAUAAAAAAAGAAAAGAAAAAAAACGAGGAGAUUGAGAAGUUGUUGAAGACAAGACACUGGUGUAAGAUUGAUUUGCUCUUUGUGAAGUAUUCUGCUGACUGAGGUACAUAUAGAGAGACGUGCAGAAAGGAUGUCUUCGACUGUUCCCGUUGUUUGGUGUGCAGAUGCCGAUAGUGGCAAAAAACCAGCGGCUUUUGCCCUCCAUGGGAUUCAACUUGAGGGUAAUAUUACAGAGAAGCACGUAACUGCGGUGAAGAAUCUCGUGGCUGCAGCUGCUGAGGGACGUCUUAUCCUACCAACAGAUUCAGCUCUGGUCCUCCUGGAUUAUGGGCUGAGUGUGGAAAGUGUAGUGAUGGAUGGGAAGGUGAAGCAUGAAGAAGAAAAUCUCUGCUGUGCAAAGUGCUGUGGUAGCGAUGCAAGAAAGAAUCCCAAAUUUUCAGUGAGAGAGAUUAAAGAGACUCCAGUAGAUGAUAGAAAACACCGCAGGAGUUGUGGUGGAGUUGGUGAGGUGAAAGAGCAAGAGGAGUCAUCGGGUUGUUCUAGUCGUAAGACCAGUUUUGAUUCACUUUGCACAGUGAGUUCCUCAGAUUCAGGCUUCAUUGAAGUCACCACGAAUAAUAAUGAGGGGAACCCGGAGAAGAAUGCGACAGGGGUUGCAAAGAACACCGAAAGAGUAAAUAGAAGAACAGAAAUUGUCCCUCAAUCACAUAAUCGCCGAAAAUCUCUCGAAGAAUUUCGAGCAAUUCUCAGUGAGAUUGAAAAGGAAUCUCCCACAACAACAGCACUGGUUAAAUCCUCCCCAAAUUCCCGAAGGAAAAAGGAAGAUGAGGAAAAGAAACUCAUUUAUACGAGAAAAUUAACCAUCUACGAUAAACUCAUUAGUUAUGGAACAAUUUAUGACAUUACUCUAAGAAAAAAUGAGAUUUACAAUAAAACAUACAGAAAGUAUGAUAAAUACAUGACCUAUGGGACAAUCUAUGAGAUCCUGAGGAAACACUCACUAGAGAGUUAUGGAUCUUUUAUGAGAAGACGAAGGAAAUCCAAAACUAUAGCAGCACCAAAAUCCCUCAAACCCCCAUCGAGUGCAGCCACAGUAGAUGGAGCAUCAUGUGGGACAAUCUAUGAUAUUCUUCAAUCCCUGAAGCAUGAAUCUCUGCCCAAGAAGUUUGUCAAUAGAUUUUGUGUGGAGAAAGUGGCAGAAAGGGUGUUGGAAGAAGGGGAGACUGAUGCAAAGGAGGGUGAAACAAAGGGUGAGAAUCAAAAACGACCACGUCGCUUCUCAAGUAUUCUCUCACCUGCUUCCCAUCUACGUCCCAAAAUUCCUGAAAUUUGGAAUAUUUUUACAAAUGACGAUAGUACCUUGCCAACCAGUGAUGAAGUUUAUUCCCGCAUAAAUCGAAAUACACACAAUGGGGAGCCCAGUGGGCAGAUUUACAAGAGCAAUUCUCUGGAUAUUCUUGCCGGUGGUGCGGGUGAGACGGAGGAUGCCGUAGGCGCAAGGAAGGCGCCGCUGGAGAGUGCCAUUAAGUACAGUGUCAAUUCGCAAUUGGCGAAGAAAAGGUGGCCAUCAGUGGGGAAAAGUAACACAAGACGAUUGUCGGAAUUUACACGGGGAGAGUUUCUCAAUGAGAAGCUAUGGUAUUUUAGAAAAAUAAAACGCAUAGAAGCUGAGAAGAAACUACUACUUCCCGAAAAUGAACAUGGAGCUUUUCUCAUACGUGAUUCGGAGAGCCGCCAAAAUGACUAUUCACUGUCUGUUCGAGAUGGAGACACAGUGAAACACUAUCGAAUCCGUCAAUUGGAUGAAGGUGGCUUCUUCAUAGCACGACGCACAACUUUCCGAACUCUUCAGGAGUUAGUGGAACACUAUUCCAAGGAUUCCGAUGGAUUGUGUGUAAAUUUGUGUAAACCCUGUGUACAGAUUGAGAAACCUGUAACGGAGGGCCUAUCGCAUCGGACACGAGAUCAAUGGGAAAUUGAUAGGAGUUCCCUGAAGUUUGUCCGAAAAUUGGGUUCUGGACAAUUUGGCGAUGUGUGGGAGGGUUUGUGGAAUAAUACAACACCUGUGGCAAUUAAGACACUCAAAUCCGGCACAAUGGAUCCCAAGGACUUCCUUGCAGAGGCGCAAAUAAUGAAGAAAUUGCGUCAUGCUAAACUAAUUCAACUGUAUGCUGUGUGCACAAUGGAGGAGCCCAUCUACAUUAUAACGGAGCUAAUGAAACACGGAUCACUACUUGAGUAUUUGCAGAAUAAGGGGAGGAAUCUAAAGUUGCCGCAACUCAUUGAUAUGGCGGGACAAAUUGCCGCUGGGAUGGCCUACCUGGAGUCACAGAACUACAUUCACCGCGAUCUAGCGGCUAGAAAUGUCCUCGUUGGGGAUAAUAAUAUAGUUAAAAUUGCCGACUUUGGAUUAGCAAGAUUAAUAAAAGAAAAUGAAUAUGAGGCAAAGGUUGGAGCUCGUUUCCCAAUCAAAUGGACUGCACCCGAAGCUGCCAAUUACAGUAAAUUUUCCAUUAAAUCCGAUGUAUGGAGUUUUGGAAUUCUCCUCACAGAGCUGGUGACAUAUGGCAGAAUUCCAUAUCCAGGCAUGACAAAUGCAGAAGUAUUAAGCCAAGUGGAACACGGCUAUAGAAUGCCAAUGCCACCGAAUUGCAUUAAACCUCUGUAUGAGAUUAUGUUGGAGUGCUGGCACAAGGACCCAAUGCGACGUCCAACCUUCGAGACGCUCCAGUGGAAGCUCGAGGACUUCUUCACGAUGGACCAAAGCGACUACAAAGAGGCUCAGGCCUACUGAUAGACGCGGAUGUGCACCGUGUCCAUGGGAAGCCUCCAAUGUUUUUUUCUUGGCACAAAAUUCUCCCUCCCACGCUCCUCCUCCGUCAAUUUGCUCUUCAUCUCCCGUUUUUAUUAUUAAUUAAUUAUUUUUUUUUUAUUAUUAUUACAAUGCACCAACAAUUUAUUCUCUCUCGCACACCUUUCCUCUCAAAUCACCCCCACAAAAAAAUCUUUUUUUUGUCGCGUAUUCUUUUGUAGGUAUUUAUUUUGCUCCUUCGGUAGGUUAUUAAUCUCAACAAUGAGUGGAGGAGGGGUUUGUUGCGGCGUGGGGGGGGGGCAACUACAUAAAGGGGUGUAAAUGCAAAAAAAAAUAAUAAGAGAUCAGCAGAAGAAGGAUAAAAGUGUGACAAGAGCAUUCUCUGGUAAAUAAGAUGAUUUUUUUUUUACUUCAAAGCGCGCGCUCAGAGGGCUGUAAAAGCGUAUUUUCCAAUUUUUAGCAUAUUAUUUCACACAACACACACAAAAAAGAUUUACAGUACUAUAUAUAGAGAGAUUUACAAUUUACUAUAUACAUAUAAUUAUAUAUAUAUUGAAGAAAAUGUCGGUGGAAAUACAACAAAAAAUGUUCUUCAGCAUUAAUUAUAUAUUGGAAAAAAAGAGAGAAAAAUAGAAAAGGAAAUAAACGUAAAAAAAUAUAAAUUGAGAAAUUAAAAUGUCGCAUGUCACAGUAUAUGAUGUAAAAAAAAACUACAAUCAUGGUUCUUUUUUUUAUUAUACAAUAAAUCACACUAUAACCAA